AUGUUUCCACAAGUUGAAUCCAAUAAACACGUUUUGAAUAUUGAUAUUUUAUUGUUUGUUAGACAAAUGAUAAAAAAUAACGCUGAAUUCAUUGAUCCAUCAGUGAUAAUUAACAAUAGAAAUCCUAUAAUAACAGACGAGAGUGAUAAUGAACCAAAUAAGAGGAAGUUAAUACACAAUGAUAUCACACACGAGCACAAGAAAAAGAAAUAUUUUUUCGACCAUGUUAAUUUCAAAAACGACAUUGAGUGUGAUGUUAAGUUGGAUGGAGAGCUUGAAAGUAACUUGGAAUACGGGUUACCUAACAGUUUAAACAACAUGAAUAAGAGGAUAAAUACAGAGAAGUUAGAUUUUGACAAAGUAGUGAAGAAAUUGAGGACAACAAUAAACGAUUUAAUAAACGAUGAAAUAAUUAACAACUCAAGGUUAUCCUUUGAGGAUAUAACAAUCAACCAAUUGUUACAACUGGAAAACAUGGAAAGGGAACAACAACAUGUUGAAGUUGAUAUGAAACAAGUUGAAAAGGAUGAAGAGGAACUGAUAGACAAAAUAAUAGAAUUGAACAAAGAAUCAAACAAAAUAAUAAAAAUGGAGGAGGAUGAGGAUAUUGUAAACAUUUACAAAUGGCGUCAUGUUAAAACUCUUGGUGAAGGAUCUUACGGUAGGGUUUACCUUGUAUCCUCAGAUUUAACAAAUGAGAGAAAAGCGUUUAAAAGGAUAGUGAUAAACAAGAAAUUAAACAUAUACAUGCUCCGUGAAAUGUACUCACUCUUACUACUUUCCUGUUUAAAUCCAUUCAAUUCUAAACAAAAAUAUAGCUCUUGUGUUAAUUACAAGUUCGGAGACUCUUACAACAAGUAUAGUCGUAACUUUCUUGCAACUUGUGACGAGAAUACUAACAACUUUGAAAAUAAUCACUACUUUAGCUAUGAGAAGAAUGUUAUAGAAUUGGAUAAGAUAUAUUUCGGUAAAAAUAGGAUAUAUUUAUCUUUCCCAGUCUUUGAUUACAAUUUGAGAGAGUAUUCAAGCAAGUAUUACAAAAAUGGAAUGGAGAUUGAAUUGGUCAGACGAAUAGUCAGGCAAAUACUUGAGGGUGUUUAUAUUUGCCACUCAAACAACAUAAUUCACCGUGAUAUUAAACCAGAAAAUAUAUUAAUAUCUAUAGAUCAAUUCAACAUUAAUGCCAGACUCAUUGAUUACGACAAUAUUAAGUGUACUCAUAAUGAUAUGUAUAAUACCAGUGGUAUCAUAGAAGAUGAUUACAUUGAUAUUAGUUCAAUUGAUGACAGUAUUGAUCAAAAUUUGACAAAUGGUUUCAAUUUCACGAAUAAACUGCCUAAUAGAGACUUAUUUAGUAUACCGAGUAUAGAUAGAGUAAUUUUAUCAGAUUUUGGUUUAUCACGUCAAGUUGAUCCUGACCACUCGUAUCAAAAGAAUAAAAAGUUGACCAUGGAAGUUGUGACUUUAAACUACAGGGCUCCAGAACUGUUGUUAGGUUACAACUUCUACUCCUAUUCAAUUGAUAUUUGGUCCGUUGGAUGUAUAUUAAUUGAACUUUUAACAGGAAAACAAUUGUUCGAUGAAAACAACGAGUUCGGGUUAUUGAUCUCAAUUUUUAAGGUUUUUGGAAAACCUACAGAAUCUGAAUGGGCUCAAAUUUCAUCAUUUCCUUAUCUGAACGUUGAAAUCAAUUGUAAUAACAAGUAUGAAAUGUUCAAAGGUCUAAGUCAAGAUGAGUGCUUAGUUGAUUUAUUAUUAAGAAUGUUAGAACUGAAUCCGAAUAAGCGAAUAACAGCGGAAGAAGCGAUCCAGCACGAGUUUUUUAGGUGAUAUCAAAAUUUAAUCUGGUGCCACUUU